CCCGAAAGCAAUGCCUCCCGUUCCCCACCGCCCGCCGGCCGCCGGCGCCGCCGUCACCGGAGCCGGCGCGCCACCGACCGCAGAUGCCCGCUCGGGCCCCUUCCCUACUCUUCCCCCCGCCGCCUCCCGUAUCCACUUUACCCGCCUGCCCCCGCCACCUUCCCUCUCUUCCUCCAGCACCCCCGCCAGCCCCUUCCCCAGCCCCGCCGCCUCCGCCCUCCACCCCUCCGAUGAAGCCCUGUCCGCCAUGUCCCCGCUGGAGCAGACCUCCCUCCUCUCGCGGCAGCGCUGCUGGCGCCGCGCCCGGGACCUCUUCGACCGCCUGCGCGCGCUCCCCGGGUACGCCCCCAACCCCGUCCACUACGCCGUCCUCCUCCGCCACCUCGCCCGCGCGCGCCGGUGGGCCGAGCUCCGGCGCGCCUGGCUCGGGAUGGCCCUCCCGCCCUCCAAUCCGGCCUACGCUGCCCUCGCCGACACGCUCGCCAAGGCCGGGUUGGCACGGGGAGCCCUCCUGCUGCUCCGACACAUGCGCGCCCAGGGCGUCGCGCCCGACGAGGUCUCCAUGAACACCUUCGUCCGCGUCCUCAAGGAUCAGGGCCGCUACGCCGACGGGCUCGCCCUCUUCCGCAAUUGGUGUGACGGCAGGUUCGAGGUUGACUUCCUUGAUCUUGACGGCAUCGCGAUUGAUUCCGACGGCCCGAUGCAGUUCUUGCUUGCUGACAUCCGUGACGACAACUUUGCUUCUGGUGCACUAGCCAUUGAUGAAGGUCCUAGGAAGCCGAAGCUUGUGGCAACGUAUAACACGCUGAUUGAUCUGUAUGGGAAGGCUGGGAGGCUGAAGGACGCACUGGACAUGUUUCUGGAUAUGCCUGCUCAUGGGGUUAUGCCAGACACGUAUACAUUCAACACAUUGAUCAACGUAUUUGGGUUAUCCGGCAACAUGGCACAGGCAGAGGCUCUGUUUGCCAGCAUGGUAGUUAGGGGUAUCAAUCCUGACACUAAGACAUACAAUGUGAUGAUGACUUUAUUUGCAUCAACUGGAGAUUUAGAUGGAGUUCUGAAGUAUUACCGGGAAAUUGGGAAGGCAGGGCUACAUGUGGAUGCUGUGAGCUCUAGGAUUGUGCUGCAGGUGCUAUGCGAGAGGAAGAUGGUGCGUGAAGCAGAAGAUGUGAUUGAAGGGAUCCUGAAUUCAGGCAGUUCUGUUCAUGAGCAAUCCCUGCCUGUUGUCAUGAAGAUGUAUGUUGAUCUAGGAUUGCUUGAUGAAGCAAACACAUUCUUUGAGAGGCAUUGCAGAGGAAAAGGGGUUUCAUCCAAGAAUUUUGCUGCCAUGAUAGAUGCUUUUGCAAUAAAGGGUCUGUGGGAAGAAGCCGAGCAUAUUUUCUUGUCGAGAAGAGGAGAUGGGAACAACAAGGACAUAAUGGAGUAUAAUGUGAUGGUAAAGGCUUAUGGUCGGGCAAAGCAGUAUGAUAGAGUUUCUUCUCUGCUUGAGAGCAUGGAAGGUUCUGGUGUUUCGCCAGAUGAGUGCACAUAUAAUUCCUUGAUUCAAAUGUUUUCUGUUGGUGGAUUUCCACAGAGAGCUAAGAAACUAUUAGGUAAAAUGAAAGAUGCAGGAUUUGAACCAAAGUGUGAGACAUACUCUGCUGUCAUUAGAAGUUAUUCCCACCAUUGUUUGGUUCCAGAGGCCAUAUGCCUGUUCAAUGAAAUGAAGUCCUCUGGUGUUGAGCCGAAUAUCAUCGUUUAUGGACUAUUGAUUGAUAUGUUUGCAGAGACAGGAAAUGUUAAGGAAGCACUGCACUAUAAUAAUUUGUUGGAAGAAUCUGGAAUCUCUCCAAACCAGGUUGUUCUAACUUCUCUUAUUAAAGCCUACAGCAAAUACAAUUGCUGGAAGGAAGCACAGAAUUUGUAUUCAAGGAUGAAGAACAUGGAUGGCGGCCCUGACAUUAUUGCCUCCAAUGCCAUGCUAAACCUUUAUGCAAAUCUUGGGAUGGUCACUGAGGCAAAAGAAAUCUUUGGAAGCCUGAGGAGAAAUAACAACGCAGAUGGUGUUUCAUACACUACCAUGGUAUACCUCUACAAGGGCAUGGGCUUGCUUAGUGAGUCCGUUAAGGUUGCAUGUGAAUUACAUAAAUCAGGCUUACUAUCUGACUGUGCUUCAUACAAUGCUGUUAUGGCUUGUUAUGUGGCCAAGGGCAACCUUAGAGAUUGUGCAGAGUUAGUGCAGGAAAUGAUUUUGGCUAACAUCCCACCAGAUGCCUCAACUUUUGGAAUGAUUUUUUCUCUACUUCAGAACAGCCAUGUUUCAGCAGAAGAAGUUUUACAGUUAGAGUCAGCAUAUAAUGAUGGCAAGGGUUCUGCCAAGCAAGCUAUUGUUGCAUUUUUGUUCUCCAUAGCUGGCAUGCAUGCUGCUGCACUAGAGAAUUGUGAGCAGUUAUUGAGGCCUGAGUGGACAAUUGAUGCAUGGGCAUAUAAUGUUUGCUUCAAGGUCUAUGCUUCCUGCGGGAAGGUGGAAAAAGCUUUCAGUUUGUUUGUGCGGAUGAAUAAUUUAGGGCUCAAGCCAGAUACAGUUACUUGCAUCCAUUUGGCAACUUGCUAUGGGAAACCUGGAGUAUCAGAAGGCCUAAGGACUAUUGCUCAUCUUGAAUACAGAACUGAUGAGCUUAUGUCUUCGCAUAAUGCACUGGUUGCAUAUAUAGAAAGUGGAAAGAAUAAUGUUGCAGUUCAGUUAGUCAAGAAAUGAUAUGUACAAAAUAUUUAGGAUCAGCUUAUACUUCACAAGGAAAUGUUGAUUUAGUUUUAGGUUCUGAAACUGGAGCUAAAGUGCCUGGUGAUCAGAAGUGUGUCAGGCUUGCUUCAAGAUAUAAAAAGCCAGAUAGAAGAUUUGUGUGUAUCUCUACUUACUAACCAGCAUAGUGCUUAAAAAUCUCAAAAGUGUUACGAUUUGCUGUAGUUUUGUAUGGUUAACAUUUUGAUGUCAAUAUUCAGCUUGUUUGCUUGUUAAAGACCUAAGAUUAUCAAACUGACUGGAAAAAAUUUUUAUUGACAACAAGCUUAACAGUAGAGUCUGAGCCGUCGCUUUAUUUAUAUAACUAUAUGUUGAGUGAUGACCAUACAGUUUUCUGCUUGGUAUCUGAUACUACUUUCUGCC